AUGGGUUGCUCUGAACCGAGUUGCACUUUUGCUGGUUCCCCGCCAACUGGACGCAAUAAGAUUGAGGAGAUACUAUCAAAUGGCACCGCGUGCCCUGUCACUGGAUGCAUCGGCAUACAGACACACAUCCGAUGUCUUGCUCACUGUCGCAUUGACGAGGAUCACACAGAUCCCGAAGCUGUAUGGGGCUUGCUUCGUCACCAGGGUAAACAUACCCACGAAUGGCCAGAAGCCAAGAAGGCAGAUCCACUUUCAAAGGCGAAGCUCAAAGAUGUUGUAUUAAAUGAUCCCAAAGUUGGACCUUUGGGUCUAAAAGUUGGACAGGCGCAUGUUGGCACGGACCCAAUCAAGUCAAUCGUGGAAGUCCACAGCUCUUUUGGAAAUACCGACCGGCUUGGUUAUCUUCGGCGUCUUAUCUUAAUUGAACAUGGGUUAAUGGCUGAUAAGAAUGACAAAGAAGGAGGCGAUAAAUGGCUCAUCCAACUUAUGCAUUGGUGCAGGCUUGCGAUUCGUGUCAGUCUCGAUGGAUCUCAAGGACUUCCACUUCAGCUUUCAGACCGAAUGGAUGGCUGA